AGACUCAGUUGAACUUUAUUAUUUCGUUUGAGCCGCUAACAACAUGACCCGGGAUCGGUUGAGCCGGCUUGUUGUGCCAAACUUUCAGUUGUAACGUUAGUUGAGUUUGAACCGGACCAGCGCCUGUGUGCUUCAGUAAUAAAGACGAGAAAGAUACGAGAUGUGCGCCGAUAGUCUAGUUAACUUCAGUCUGGUGACUCUUGGAAAACUUAAUCACUCGAGAUUCGUCUGUAACAGCUCUGCCUCAUAAAAACCCCACAGUCCCAAGAAUCAACUGGAAAUCAGGGGCCUAGAAUAACUGCGGGGAUAAGGGGUCUUGUGUGUGUAUAUACUUAAAGCAGAGACAUUAACAAGGAUUCAAGGACAGAGGUUUUCGGGCGAGCCACGGCUUCUAUCGCUGGGUGUUGAGGAUUAUAUUCUCUCUCUAUCUUGUCUCUAAACGGCCUGCAGGGUGGCGAGAGAGAGGGGGGAACCCAACCGGUGCAUGCCGGAGAUGAGUGCGUUCUGGCAUAAGAUCGGCUGCUGCGUGGUAGCCAAACCUCCUCCGAAGAAGAAACGGAGGAGAAUUGACCGCAGCAUGAUCGGAGAGCCCACAAACUUCGUUCAUCUGACACAUAUAGGCUCUGGUGAAAUGGCAAAUGGCAUGCAACCGUCUGGCCCAAUGCAGGAACAAAUGAGAUCCAAAGUGCCUCAUGCAAAUGGACGAAACAGCUUGUUAUAGCCUACUUCCCUCAAAGCUCCGUAAAGACCUGCACUGCACCAGAGAAGAGGAGACAACCUCCUUGCUGCAGCCACCAACAUGGACACCACCUCUGCAGGUUUUUUAUCUUUUGGAUCCUCUGGAAUGUCUCAGAGGAGACCCCCCCCCCCACUCUAAGACUGUUAUUCAAUUUGGAGCGGAUUGUGAAUGUGUGACGUGUGCGUUUGAGACACUGGCUGUGCUUGCUGUGGAAGAGGAAAGGCUCUUAUCGCUUUAACACAGGGGACUAUUUGACUGCCCUCUCAAAGUUAUAAUUGGCAUGUUUGUCAUAGUCUGUCGUUGAUAAGGAUGUGCGCAAGUGUGUGUUUGCUUUUGUUUUGUAAUGGAAAUAUAUGUGCACCUAUACCAUUAUAGUGUCUCCAACUGCUUGUCAUUAACAGUUGCACAAAUUAGUGUAUUAUACAAAGCCCUCUGGUAUGUGUAUAGUACAAAGAUAUAGUAUGAAAAUAUGUCUUUUUUUAUGUCCGCAUGUCUGAUAUUGCAUUAACAAAUAAUGUGUAAUGGCCUUAAUAACUCUAAAGGAAUAGUUUAAAAAAAUCCUAAAAUAAAACUGUCAUUUCAAACACACACACACUUAAAAAUAAAAGUGCUUCACGAUUGCCAUUAGAAGAACCUUUUUGUCGAAAUGGUUCAAUGAAGAACCUUUAACAUCUGAAGAACUUUUUAAGCACCUUUAUUUUUAAGAGUAUGCUUUUUUUUGUGAUUAUUAGUACAACAUCAGUGCAUAAUGAUGUAAUGAAUAAGCUAUACAAAAUCCAAAAGGGCACCAUAAUAGCUUCAGACCACUUGGAUUUUCGAGGACCAUAUUUUAUGUUUUUUUUUUUUAAUUGCAUUAUUAUUAUUAUAAUUUUUUGGAGAGCGUCUAGGCACUACAUUGUAAAAAAUCUGCAUGAAAAUUCAUUAAAAAAAAUUCCACUGUAAAAAAAAAAAUAGUUUGAAAUGACAGUUUGAGUAAAUAAUUUUUCUUUUAGGUGAAUUAUUCCUUUAAUCCUUAAGUAUUAGAAAAAGGCUAUUAUCUGUUUAUGUGAGUGGAGACUUUGAAUGGUGGCUUCCUGCCAGCAGCGAGCCACUGCCCUUUGUCAUUUAAACCUCACAUGUAGUCUCACUUUCACACACCAAGCUCCACCCCACACCACCGUCAAGGUUCCAGUCCUCACACGGCUCAAUGAUUAAAUCACUGAUUUACACACACACUUUGCAUACUUUACUCUGUACUUUGUUUUUGAAUGCAGCUCAGUGUGGCACAAGGUUGGGCUGCAAUGUUAAACACAAUGUUUUUGUUUAUAAUUGUGAUGUUUUAUUUCAAAAGCAUUGCUUUGCAAGAUCCCAAACUGUAAUUUACUUUGUGUUGGCUGCAUUUGUUGGGAAAUGUUGAAUGCUUUAAGAUUUUGUAUGUUGCUUUUGAAUGUUUUAGAGUAUUUUUUUAGUGAGAAUGCAUUUCAUUCUAAGCUGACAGUAUAGAGAAACUCUGCCAAAGAUUUCGACAGCUCCCUUAACUUUAUUAUACAUGUUCCUUGCAGAUUCUCUCACUUUUUGGUUUUAUGUGAAUGUUUGUCCUUUUCUUUUUUAAGUAUCUGUCUUGUUUUUUUUAAAGCCAUAAUGUUUGUGCAAAGCACUCAUUAGGCUCUUUUUGUCUUUAAUGCUUUUCUUUUUAUUAUUCUUUACUUUAAGUCUAUUAGUCCAACUGAUUGAUUUCGUUUAAAUGGGAGCAGUAAUAGUGUUCUGUUCAUAUGGCAUGGUGUUAUGUUGAUGAAUCCUUUUGUGCUUUGGUUUGUAACAAUACAGUUGUACAAAGAGCAA